UUUCAGGCAAGACUUAAAAGGGAAGGGAAUUUGCGAUGUUUUUUCCCUUAAAUAGAUCAUAGUCUGUUUUAAAAGAAAGUAGUAAGCAAUGGGUUGCGUGAACAGCAUUGAUCAAAAUGCGAAGGCGAGGUCAAAGCAAAUAGAUGAACAGUUAAAAGCAGAUGGAGAAAGAGCAUCUCGGGAAGUGAAAUUAUUGCUGUUGGGUGCAGGAGAAUCUGGGAAAAGCACUAUUGUAAAACAAAUGAAAAUUAUUCACGAAACUGGUUACAGUGAUGAAGAGCGUAAAGCGUACAAGCCUGUAGUGUACUCGAAUACAAUUCAAAGUAUGAUGGCAAUCAUACGAGCUAUGGGGCAGCUUAAGAUAGAUUUCUCAGCAGAUGUACGAAAUGAGGAUGCUCGCCAGUUCUUUAUGUUAGCCCAAAGUUGUGAUGAAGGAGAACUGCCUCCUGAGUUAGCUGUUUGUAUGAAACGUUUGUGGGCAGAUCCAGGAGUUCAGGAAUGCUUCAUGCGUUCCAGGGAAUAUCAGCUGAAUGAUUCCGCUCCAUAUUAUCUGAAUUAUUUAGACAGGAUAUCACAGCCUGGUUAUGUGCCAACACAAGAUGAUGUCUUGAGGACACGCGUAAAGACAACAGGAAUUGUUGAAACGCAUUUCACCUACAAGGAUUUACAUUUCAAAAUGUUUGAUGUUGGUGGUCAACGUUCUGAACGCAAAAAAUGGAUUCAUUGCUUUGAAGGUGUAACAGCUAUCAUCUUUUGCGUAGCAAUGUCUGAAUAUGAUAUGAAGCUUGCGGAAGACGAUGAAAUGAAUCGGAUGGUAGAAAGCAUGAAGUUAUUCGACUCAAUCUGCAAUAACAAGUGGUUUACAGACACGUCAAUAAUAUUAUUCUUAAACAAAAAAGACCUUUUCGAAGAAAAAAUAAGAAAAUCGCCACUAACAUUAUGCUUUCCAGAGUAUACCGGUACAAACACAUAUGAAGAAGCAGCUGCUUACAUACAACUGCAGUUUGAAAAUUUGAACAAGCGAAAAGAUGGUCAGAAAGAAAUUUAUACUCACUUCACGUGUGCAACGGAUACAAACAACAUACGCUUUGUUUUCGAUGCCGUUACUGAUAUAAUAAUUAAAGAGAACUUGCGACAGUGCGGUUUAUUUUAGGUGUCACAUGCAGUAUUGAUUCGUCUGUAAUGACGAUUUUGGCUAAGUUGUUAAGUUAAAUAUUUUGCGUCGAAUUUAAGGAAAGAAUGUUGGGGAACGGUCAGAGUUUCAACUUCUUAUAGGUUUGGUAGUUUCGAUAGUUAUCAUUUGCAUAUCUAUUUUUAAAUUUAUAUGAAAAAAGUUGAACAUCAUUGGGCAAGGGUUUUCUACGUGGUAUCCAACCAGCUGAUGAUUAUUUCUUAAUUUUUACUACUCUUAUUUGAUUUAUCGUGUAUACCAUUGUGUUAUUAAUUAAACCGGAUUUGACGAUCCCUGCAUUUUACACAUAAUUUGUUUGUUUGUUUAAUUUAUAUUUAGUUUCAUUAACUUCUGUAAUCUUUUGGUGAAAGGUUACAUGGAUGAUAUGUACGAGAAGCCGCUCGCAACUUCCAGACUCCAUCGUUUUCUUUCGUCCUUUAGGUUGUCCAGUGAACCAAAUAUCUUUAACCAUUUCGAAAAAUCUGAAAACAUCAAGAAGUUUAGAAAGCUUGGUUGAAACAUAAGUGCUUGACCUGUCCAAGUUAGUUUUGUUAUUAAUAUCUUUUAUUGCUUGCAUGAUUUUAAAGAACCAUUUUUGUUUUUCCUAGCUACCGAAAUGUAUUUAUGUUUUUGCGGCUUUCUGUGAAAAACCGACAGUUGGAUUUUUGUCGUUUUAGUGCAUUUAGAUACAGUUGGUGGUAACUGGUCCCUGAUUUAAUAGGUUUCCAGAAUGUCUAUUGCUAGUUCGAAUUACGGUCAAAUCAGAUAUUUAUUUAGAUUCUAAGCAUGUUUCAAGUAGAAUGUGUCU